CGCGCCAUCGCCACGUGGCGGCAGCAGCUCCUCUUUCCCGCGCUGGAACUCCUCAACUUCGGGCCGGAAGCGGAAGUUCCUUCCUUUCUUGUUUCUGCUUCGUAUAGAGACACACAGAGACGAUGGCUCCUCGUAAAGGGAAGGAGAAGAAGGAGGAGCAGGUCAUCAGUCUGGGUCCUCAGGUGGCCGAAGGAGAAAACGUGUUCGGCGUCUGUCACAUCUUCGCCUCCUUCAACGACACCUUCGUCCACGUCACCGACCUCUCCGGGAAGGAGACGAUCUGCCGCGUGACCGGCGGGAUGAAGGUGAAGGCGGACAGAGACGAGUCGUCUCCCUACGCCGCCAUGUUGGCGGCUCAGGACGUCGCUCAGCGCUGCAAAGAGCUCGGGAUCACGGCGCUGCACAUCAAGCUGAGGGCCACAGGAGGGAACAG